AUGAAAAAACUAACGUUUAAUGUUAAAGAACAACAACCAUUAUCUGUUUUCUCACCACCUGUAUCCACGGUAACAAUGAGUAGUUCAUCGUUACAAUUAACAGAUACAAAUGAAGAUAAUAAACAUAUUAUUAAAAUUCCAAGUGGAGAUAUCUCAACAAUACAAACAUCAACUGUAAAUCUUGAUAGUAGUGAAGAUGAUGGUACUGAUAGUACAAUACCCAAUGAAAAUAAAAAAUUUCGUUUAUUUAAAUUAAAAUUAUUUUUUAAACAUUAUAUAAAACAUUUAAAACUUGUAUUUCAAUCUAUAAUACCUGAUUUAAAAUCAUUUAAUUGGUGGCAAGCUUUACUACUUAUUUUAUUUGCUGUAUUUAAUGUUGUUUUUUCUAUUUUGGAUUUUAAUUCAAAUAAACAAAGAUAUUCAAUAUUAAAAUUCAUAAAUGAUUAUUAUUAUGGUGUACCAUUAUGGCGUCGUAUAUUAUUAUGUUUAUCUGGUUUUGCAGCUUUUACUAAUAUACUCAAUGUUGUUUUAGUUAUACGUGGUAAAAUUUCAUCAUAUUUUUGGGGUAUUAUAGGUGCUAUUAUAUAUGGAAUAUUUUCAUUUGCAUAUGGUUAUGUUGGUGAUGCACAAUUAUAUACAUUAUUUUUUUUACCAAUGCAAUUUAUUGGUAUAUAUAUGUGGUCAAAAGAAUUAGAUAAUCAAGCAACAACACGUGUUAAAACAUUAAACUUAUUUGGAUGGAUAUUUAUUAUAUUACUUUCUAUAGGAUUAAGUGUUGUAUGUUUUUAUGAAAUACCAGCUUUUUCAAAAUUAUUAACAUCACAAUAUUUUUUUGAAACUAUGUUAUUACCACAUAUACUUGAUGCAUUAACAAAUGCAUUAAGUAUUGUUGCACAAUUUUUACUUAUAUUUUGUUAUUGCGAACAAUAUAUCAUAUGGAUUAUUGUAAAUAUUAUGGCUAUUAUUAUGUAUAGUGGUAAAUAA